AUGGGGCCGGUCAGGGAUUCCCCAGGUCACUCUCCUCCAUCGACCUCCAGAUCUCUGCCCUUUCGCAACGGUUCAAGAGCUGGCUCAACUAACCUUCGAACCCUUUAUCGCAUCUCGGCCCAAGACGUUGGUGACCACCAGCCGGAAGAACAGUCUUACCACUCUGUGUCUACGGUGUUACCUACCUCACCAAAUCUUCCUCCUACACCUCCAGGGGCAAACAUUGAGUCCAGCCCGCCUGCUGCGGAAGAAGUUACUCCAUCUUCAGAUGCCGGUGUGUUUAGAUCAAAUUUGGUGACGCCAAUAAACCAGAACAGCCCGCCGACUCCUGACAACACUCCUCCACGGGAGCGUUAUGGAACACUUCCCCGGCGCCCAUUUUUGGGGCCACAGCCCUCUAUCGCCUCCACGCACGCAGAAUCCUUCAAGACCGCCCAUGAAGACUUCACGUCAGAAGGUGAUUCCGAUCGCCCUACCCCUCGUCUGGACAGUGGCUUCAAAUGGCCACUGAGUUCCGUCGACAAGUUUGGCGCAGCUGCCCAUCGCCUGCGACAUAGCUCUCUGCCUAGAUCGCCUUUGGUCGAGCUUUACGGAGGUCAUCCUGUCGUCAGUCAGUCUCCAGAGCCUUUUGCCGAUCAAUAUCACGCAACUGCUGGUGAGAGUCGUGCUUUGCCAGAGGUUUAUCCCCAAAACCAAACGUCUGGAUCUAGCGCCGACGCAAUCCUGAACGGUGAAGAAAUUCGCAUACAUCUUGACCCUCCUCAAGUCGCCCUGACUGAAAGCAUCGAACCACCUCAUCCUGUCCGCCACAGUACUGGUCAGCAUAACUUGAAGCGGGACAAGAGUCUGCGUGAAAGGCUUCUUGAGGCGCAGAGUCAAGAUCCGUCAGCGUCAACCGAGAAGUUUGCAAACAUCAUUGGUUGGAACAACUCUGUGCCGAUCGAUGAUGAGGCAGCCGAGGAUCGACAAGUAGGAGUCGACGAAAAUCGACGUUUCUCCGGGAUCUCCACCACUUCAACUGUCGAAGCGUAUGUCUUUGAACACAACUCUUUACCUCGACGAAAAACGACGCUGCGCCAUGUCAGCAAGCAUCAAUCUCUACGUUCAGUGAGCUCGCCCCUACCGGCUUCGAACAGGACCUCCAUGAAUUCAGCUUCAGACUCCCCUCAUCGCCUCGUUCACAAGAAGGCACGAUUGAGCAAUCAAAACCGCUGGAGUUUCGGUUCCGAGGUUUCGAGGUCAUAUAGCCUGGCAUCAAGCGCUGUCCUUCCUAAGACCGAAGUGAUUCGCGUGGCAGUGAUCCCAGAGAGAAGCUCCUCCUUGAGCUCUUCGACUCGUACCAGCCAUAGGCAGUCGGUUUCGAAUAGUUCGGGACGUUCUCACUUUCGCAAAACUUCUGACAACCCACCCUCUUCUUGGCAACAUAAGAGGGCGUUUUCUGAGUCUUCGGAUCGUGGCAGGGAGCAAUCUCAGGCGCCGCUGAUACCGCCUCGUAGUUCCUCGCUAUCCGCGCCCACGUCCAGAAGUACGUCACGAGCCAAUUCCGUCACAUCUGAGCAUCUGCACGUACGUAGACAACAAGCUGAGAAGGACUUGCGCAAGACCUUGGACAGAAUGGAGUCGGAACGACUUGUCCACAGCCUGAGAGACCGGGAGCCUGUAGAUGGGAUGCAACAUUCUGAACGCAUGGCUGGAAAUCAACGAUUCGAGAGGUCUUCGGGGACUGCCAAUCCGCCAUUUUCUACGCAGCCUGGGAGUCUGCUAGGCGUUCCUGCAGGCGAGAGCGAGAUGGCAUCAAAUCCGCUGGGGUUGGUGAUGCCUGGAACGAAGGAAUGGGCAGCACUGCGACCACCGUCCAUUUUUGAUACGCCCUUCUCACAGCCCUCAUUCCAGUCAGGCUCUCCUGAGAUCAACGAAGCAAGGGCGAUCAACUAUUUUCCUCACAACAACUAUUCCCUGCAGCUGAUUGAGCCGUUUCCUGUAGCAGAAUCAAAAGCGGUCCAGGAAGUACAAAAGCAGAACCUGCCAGAGAUCGAAGUGGAGUCACCAUUGCGCAACCCUCGACAGCCGCCUGAACCGCCGCAAUUCAAGCUGAUCCCACCCACUCCUGCCGACGAGGAAGUAAAGAAGCAAUUGGAGACUGAUCGAGCAGAAUCUCUCAAACAGCCGGGCGGGUCUCGACGACGGUCAGAAUCGUUGAUGAGCUCCAUCUCCCGGAACUUGAGCCUAAAGAACGCACGCAAUCGCAAGGCUGAUCAGGAUCUUGAUGGAAGCCUGCACCCAUUCUGGCGGCCGCGUGCCUUUUGGGACGACAUUGAUAAUGCUCGUCCUGAAUCGCAACCUCAGGAGCGGUCCCUAGAUCGAGGAAUUGUGAAUAAUUCUCUAGGCUUGCCGCAGGAGAGGACGGUUAUAACAGGUCCCGUUUCACUGGUCCGACGAAUAUCGGAACGGCGCAGGCAGAAGAGAAGUAUCGUGAAACAAUCCAGCCAUUCCAGCCUGGCCAAGUUGCAAGCGGGUCGCAAACUACACAAAUUGCCAGGCUCGGCACUACGAUUCCAUAUUUCCCUGGUAGGGAUCAAGGAUAUUCAAGAGAGGCUGUUAUAUGCCAAACAACGUAAAGAGGACGAGAAGAGAGAGCGGAGAAGGGCUGAUCUGCGACGAAGCAUUGGAGCCUACGUCAUUUCGCAAGGGGAUUCGAGGUUUCCAGCCAGCAAUGCGAGCCUUUCGCGCGACGUGUGA